AUGGAGAAAAUAAAUACGGAGCUGUUGAUAAGUUUAGUGGAAGCGAGACCCGCUUUAUGGGAUAAAACACUUGACACAUAUAAAGACAAAAAUUUAAAGUCGUCAGCAUGGAGAGAGAUAUGUUCUCUGUUAAAGGAGAAUUUCGAAGAUAUGGAACAAAAGGAGAGGCAGGCUUUUGGUAAGCUGAUUUUAAAAAAGUGGACAUACAUUCGAGACUCGUGGAUGAAAGCAUUGAAAAAACAUAAAGACCAAAAAACAAGUGGCACAUCGACCAAACCUUCAAGACUUUAUAUAUAUAAUGAGCAGAUGUCAUUCCUGAAAAAAAUUACAGAUUCAACUGUUUGUCAUGAAAACACUAAUAAUGAAAAUAACACCGAGAUAGAAGACUUGGAUGCAGAAGUUAUUGAAGAGAGUGUUCCACCUGAACAACCGAAUAUGGAAGCAAAUCAGUCUGGUAGUACUCCCAUCAGUACUUCUACUGCACGCAGAAAGAGGAGUAUUAAUGAAGUUGAUGCCAAAAUGAUGCGAUUCAUAGACCAUCAAAUCAACUUAUCCAAGGUUUCAACAGUCAAAGAGGAUGAAAAUCGUCAUCUUACAUUCUUCAAAAGUCUUCUUCCAUCAUUAUCAUCGUUUGAUGAAGAUGAAACUUUGGAAUUUCAGUCGAGUGUGUUAAGUUUAUUGCAAAAUAUGAGAGCAAAGAAGCGAAGGUUGGCCGAUAAUAUUCAAAUGCCAUCGCGUACAAUUGCCACUUAUUACAAUAAUUGGCAAAAUCAUGAUUAUUACAGUCAGCCACAGCCACAAACAAUUUCAAGAGUAACAACACCAAUGACUAGUCCAUAUACUGCCGAACCGUCACCCUCUACACAGUCUGUUGCAAGCCAAGAUUCUAUUUUAGAUCUAGAUAUUUCCAAUUUUUGA